GAGUGAUGCUCCUCCUCUUCCCCUCUGUUGGACAGUGGACUGUUCCACUGCCCUCCCCUCUGCUCUCUCUGGGGCGGCUAUGGCUCUUCCCACUGAGGAGUGAAAGGGGGGAGGCGGGGCCCCCGGAGAGGCACGCGUCACGUGGUCCCUCUCCCUCCCCCCCCUCCCCCCCGGGUUGGAGCCAGAGCCGGUGCCUUCAGCCGGAGGUGCUGGUGCGGAAAGCGGGAGCUCCUCUGACGCCGCCGCUGCUCCUGGCUAUGUCUCUUCGAACGCUGCGUGAAGGCGGGCAGCUGGCGGAGACGGAGGAGGCCGAAGAAGGCGCGCCUGGGGCCCGGGUUUUGCCGCCUCCGCUGCUUCCCUGGGACCGCUUCUCGGCCUGGCUGCAUUGCGCAUGCGUGGUGGGCUUCGACCUGGAGCUGGGCCAAGCGGUGGAGGUAAUAUAUCCUCAACAUGCAAAACUUACAGAUAAAGAGAAAACCAAUAUUUGCUAUUUGUCUUUCCCAGAUUCCAAUUCAGGUUGCCUUGGAGACACACAGUUUUGUUUUAGAUUUCGACAGUCUUCUAACAGAAAGCUUUCAUGGCAUUGCCUGCUGGACCAGUUUGACAGAGACCUACCCAUUUACCUGAAGAGGGAUCCAGCAUAUUUUUAUGGCUAUGUGUAUUUCAGACAGGUUCAAGACAAGACAUUGAAGAGAGGCUACUUCCAGAAGUCCUUGGUCCUGAUCAGCAAGCUGCCUUAUAUCCACUUUUUUCACACUGUGCUUGGACAAAUAGCACCUGAAUAUUUUGACAAGAAUGAACCUUACUUGGAAGCAGCUUGCAAUGAUAUUGAUCGAUGGCCACCACCAGUCCCAGGGAAAACUCUCCAUUUGCCUAUUAUGGGAAUUGUAAUGAAGAUGCGGAUUCCUACCUGUCAUGACAAGCCUGGAACAACUGAAGUGCUACAAUCCACAUACCAGGAAGAUACACAAAUCUCCAUUUCUUUACCUACUGUUCAUGAAGUGGAUCUCUUCAGAUGUUUCCUGCCCGUAUUCUUCCACAUCCAGAUGCUGUGGGAACUCGUGUUGUUAGGGGAACCGCUUGUUGUCAUGGCACCCUCUCCAUCAGAGUCCUCCGAAACUGUGUUGGCACUUGUCAGUUGUAUCUCACCAUUGAAGUACUACAGUGAUUUUAGACCUUAUUUUACAAUACACGACAGUGAAUUCAAAGAAUACACCACUCGUACGCAGACUCCGCCUUCUGUCAUACUAGGAGUGACAAAUCCAUUUUUCGCUAAAACACUGCAGCACUGGCCACACAUCAUCCGAAUAGGAGACAUUAAACUAUCAGGUGAAGUCCCCAAACAGGUGAAAGUGAAAAAACUGAAGAAUCUAAAGACACUGGAUUCUAAACCUGGUGUCUAUACAUCUUAUAAGCCAUACUUGAACAAAGAUGAAGACAUCAUAAAACAGUUACAAAAGGGAGUACACCAAAAGCGUCCUGCAGAAGCCCAAAGCAUAAUCCUUCGACGUCAUUUCUUGGAACUGACUCAAAGCUUCAUUAUUCCACUAGAACGAUAUGUAGCAAGUUUGAUGCCUCUACAAAAGAGCAUAUCACCUUGGAAGAGUCCACCACAGUUGAAACCAUUCAACCAAGAUGAAUUUAUGAAAACACUUGAGAAAACAGGGCCUCAACUUACCUCUAAAUUAAAAGGAGAUUGGAUAGGACUGUACCGCCAUUUUUUGAAAUCUUCCAACUUUGAUGGAUGGUUCAGAACACGGCGGAAAGAAAUGACGCAGAAACUGGAGGCACUGCAUUUAGAAGCAUUGUGCAACGAGGACCUGCUUUUCUGGAGUCAGAAGCACACUGAGGUGGAAACAGUGGAUCUAGUCUUAAAAUUAAAGGAUAAAUUGGUGACUUCAAAAUUUCCAGAAAUUCUUAUGGUUUUUUUCUGUGGUUAUAGGCUGAUGGAAAGAACUUACCAGUGAAUCCUGGCACUAUGGAAAAGUUACAUAGGCACAUUGAUUCAAUUAUACUUGCUCAACCAGAAGAUUUGCAGGGCAUUUUGACCAAAACAGGCUCAACAUGACUAGGUGGAUUUUUUGUGCAGCUGGAUGCAUUUCAUCAGACCUCUCAAAAGCAUAAUGGAGACACUUGGAGAAUCAAUGGAUUUAAAAAAGUAUCCUGUAACAGAAACAGAUCAUGUUAAUGAUUAUUUUAAAGCAGCCUUUAAACUCAUCUUAAUAUUUUGUUUAUAUGUUUGUAUUUAAAACUUAAGUGCUCUUAUUGUAAAAUCUGCAUUUAUCGUGACCUUUUACAUGCAGGUCUGCAACACAGUGCAAAUAUUGCAGAGUAGUGCUCUGCCCAAUUCUGUUAAACUCAGGGGAGCAAGACUCCUAUUAAUUUUAAAGACUAUCCCACUUAAGGCAACUGCUAAUAGCUCCCCAUUGAGAUUUUUUUUAUACUACCUCCUGUAAAGAUCUCAAAAGCCAGUCUACUAAUGUAGUAGCUUCUUUUUGAUAUUAUAGAACUACUUGCCAAACCACUUUAGCUGUUGGAGGCACAGAUAUGGGGCCUUCUAUAUUCCUCCUUCUCUUUGUCAUGCUGUCUUAGAUCAGAGUACUAGCCAUAGUCAGGUAUGAUAUGCCAAUUGUGGAAAUAAUUGCUGCUAACCAUUGGCUAAAACCAAGCUUGGAAGCUAGUCCAAUAUCACAGUAAGCUACUAUUAUCUUAGUCGAGGGUGGUUGGGACUGGGGUCCAUGGAUACAAAGGAGAAGGUGGAGGUAUGCAGUGUGUUAAGAUGUCCUUGAACACAUCCACUUGCUGUGUAUUAAGAUGCCCUUGAACACAUCUGCUUGGAUUUCUGAGUGAAGUGGGGGCUUUAAAUGUCCAGUGAACAAUACCGAUCCCUAUUUGGCCUCAUUUUUCCUAGAACAGAAAUAGCUUAGCUAAAUUAUCAAGUAAUUAAUAUACUUGCUACUCUUCUUUUUCAAAGAAUCUGUGUUUCCUCUUAGUUGUUGGGCAAGAAAUUUCUUUGGAAUGAUGGGGUGAGGGAAGAGAUGUAGUUUCUUCUCCCACUCCAACAUGCAGGCAUUUUUAAAACUUUAAAAUCAAAUUAAAUGAGUGUUUCUCAUUAAAAAAAAUUUACACCUACCUUAUCAUGGUAAAUCUAAAUUUUAAACUGCAGCACUAAAGUUCAAAUGUUAGACAUUCAUUGACUCAAAUUUUCUGUAUAAUUAACGAACUUCCUUGUAGAAUUCCUACAUACAGCUGUCUCCUACUCUUUCCUCAUGCUUCCUCAAAGGUUACCUUCUCUUGAGAAGUCUUUGGAUCCUUAUACUUGCAUACCUGUAUAAUUCUUUCUAUGUUUACUAUGCCCCCAUUCCCCCUCUUCCUUUAUUUUCCUGUGUCUGUUAAAGAUUGCAAUUCCUUUAGAACAAUAUUACUCAAAGUGCUAGACCAUGAACCCUUGGCUGCUGGUCCCUAGCAAGUUGCCAAAAAAACACUUGUAGCCAUUUGGCAUUUGGUGUGGUGCCAGGGCCUGGCACAGUAAGGAGAAAAAUCUGCUUCCUGUGCUAAAAUAAGGGUCUGUCAUUUAAUCUAUGUAACAAGCCAUGUGCACUGAUGAUGCUGUAGAAAUAAAAGCAGUGUUCACCUAUUACUCGUAAUUGCAAAGAAGAGGAUAACAUGAGCACAGUGUGCAGAACACACAGCUGCAUUAAAGCAUGUUUCUGGUAUAAGGGAGGAGAAAAAAUGUUUCAAGGGCAGCUUGCUCUUAUGUGAGAUGGUUUUCGUUGGGCCAAGUAUACCCCCUGCAUGUUAAAUAUGAAAGUUUAUUUUCCUGUUUUGUGGAUUUGUGAUUAAUCUCAAAGAGCAGACCCCAUACAGAAACAUUUUUUCAAAUAUAACCUGUCCCUACUGGUUGGGAUGAAUAAUUUAUUCAAAAGGACAUCAGUCCCAUGGAUGUUACAGGAACAGCACUAUAACAUUUUUGCCUAGCCAAAUUUUAUAAAGCUUUGGAAGUAGUGUUAUAGUAUUAUGUCAUAUUUUAUGUUUCCUAUCUUUAAUAAAAGUAUAGUCCAAGAAGGAGGACUACAGCUUAGGUGGCAGGUAGCCUGCUACAAGUACUUCUUUGUGAAGGAAAUCAGGCAUUGAAGUAAAAGGCUGCUUAAACUAGCAUGUUUUGUCUGUCUUCCCUGCCACUGCUGUGUGACCCAGGGAAAGUGCAACCAUUAAUUACCACUGGGAACCAAAAGGAUUGCAGCCAAUGUGUUUACUAUAAAUAUGCAUAAUGAGCCAUUUCUCAUUGGCAAUAAAUUGUUGCUACCUGCUGCAACAAACAUAAGAAUUUUAUAACUCUGUAGGAAAUAGAACUUGAGAGAAUCAUUUCAAGAAUGUUAUACCAGUUUUACUGGGUACCAACACUGUGUACAUCACUGUUAAGAAUGUGAAUGCAGAAACAGGACCAGGAUAAAAAUGCCUUUGUUUGAUAUUUUGUAUCAUUUGGAGUCCUUAAUUCUAGCUAUAAACUGCCAUUUGUAUUUUUAAGAAUAUGUAUUUUUAAUAUUCACUUACAUGAAUUCCAAAUGGUGUAAAAGCUGACUUCUGCAAUAGUGCCAUUAUUGCAUUAAUAUGUAACAGUUUUGCACAGCUGAUAAGUAGCAUUUUUAAAAUAUGGUCACUAAAUCUUCAUUAACUGAAGCAUUAUAUUGUAAGUUUGAACUAGCUACAUUAGCUUAUUUUCAAGAUGUAUUUUUUUAAAGGAAAUAAAUUCACUUUUACAGA